GAUUCGAUGAGCUAAUAUCUGAGUUUACAACUCAUCCCACAAUUGUCCUACCAACGUCAAGAAAGCGGACCCUUUUAGAGCCGGUAAAAACCGAAGUUAGCUAGUCACAAUUACAGCCGAACCAAGUUACUAACCAACCUCUAGAGCGUAUUGAAAUCAGCUCAUCAGCCUAAAUCACCCGCCAAUAUUGCUGCAAGAAGAUGACACCAAAGCACACUUCACUGUAUGACGUUUAUUUUCGGUCUCAUUUCUUCUACAAAAGCUAUAGAACUAAGCAAUUAGAGAGCUUAAGAGGAACCCAUUAAUCUCAAACCAACAAAGGUACAGAAUUGGGUGAUUUGGGUCCCUUCUGCAAUCAACAAUGCGCCGAGAAGAGAAGCGACGCAAGUUCAAUGAGGCUGUCCUCAACACGCUUUAUCCUCCUCCUUCUCCUCCAUCACCACCACUCAAAGAUGAGGACGUAGACUUGAACAUUUUACGUCAAGACUUUGAACUAGAAAGUGAGUCUUCAGCUACUAGCGGUGAUGAGGAUGGUAAUGGCGAAAGUGAGAUUCAGAAGCUUACGAGGGCCCAGCGGAAGAGACUCCGGAAGAAGAAGCUUAAGGAAGACGCUUCUCGACGCAGGCAAAUCAUAGGGCCUCUUUUGCCGUUGACAGUCGGUGAAGGUGAAAAUUGCACUCCAGAUGUUCGACGAAAUGCCUCUGAGGAACCAAAAUGCAUUUGUGUAGGUGAUCAGCCACCUCAAUCUGGUUGCAGUAAUCAGAAGAACAAGGUGAAGCAAAGGAGGAAGGCGAAGAAGCUAGCCAAGGAAAGAGAGCAACAUUGAUGUAUUUCGAUUUAACUAACCGGUAAAGGCUGUGAUUUGGCUUGUGGAAUGGUUAGGGUUAAUUUACAUGGGUUUAAAACUUCUUUAGCAGACUCUUGAUUCUUAGCUAUUUUGGAGAGCAUGUUUAGCUUUUUAUUUAUUUUUCACUCAUGCCCCCAUGGUGACUCGAACCCAUGACUUCGUACAUAGGUAGUGGGUAGCUGCACCA